AUGGCUGAAGCAGUAACGAAAAGUUGGGAUGAACCUGGACUUGAAGAGUCUGGAGAUGACUGUGAAACAGAUAGCUCUAGUGUUCCCAGCACUAUUUCCAGUCCUUCAUUAGCUUUGACAAACUUGGUUCAGAAGAAGAGUACCAAGUUGGUUGUGUGGAAGUACUUUGGAUUCGUUCAAGAUGAAAAUGGUCAGCCAACAGAACUUGACACUCCUAAAUGCAAGAUAUGUUUACAAACUGUUAAAGCUAAGUGCGGAAACACCAGCAACUUGUUUACUCAUUUAAGAACAUUUCACCCUAAAGAAAACAAGAAGCUAUCUAAAAGUAGUGGCCAGUUAUCUAUACAAGAGUCUAUACAGCAGACAAAGAAAUAUCACUUUAGUCGACUUGCUAUUCCUUGUCUUUAUGAAGACACUCGUCACAAUUUAGAAAGCAAACUAGCUUCUUCUAGUACUAAGUGUAUUGUUCUCUUUUUGUCUACGUCUGAUCUUUGGUCGUCUCAUACUAGUGAUCCGUUCUUAGUCUAUACAAUUCACUACAUUGAUUCAAACUGGACUAUGCAGACUCGUUGUUUAAAAGCCCUGUACCUUCCUCAAGAUCACACUGGGGAAAACAUUGAAGAGGCUCUUGGGCUAAUUUUAGAAGAUUGGAAAUUAUCCUCUCAAAAGCAAGUUGCCAUUACAACUGACAAUGGAAGCAAUAUUAAACUAGUUUGUAAUCUUUUACACUGA